AUGACAACAGGUGAAGUGAGGAAUGAGUUAGCAGUAUGCAUUAUAAGACGAGGACAGAUAAAGGCACAGCUAACAAAAUUCCAAGCAUUUAUAAAUGACCUAGCGAAUCAUAACAAUCAAACCCAGAUAGGAUUGCGUUUGGAGAAAAUAAAAGAAAAGUGGAAUGAGUUUGAUAACAUACAAAAUAAUAUUGAAACGCUUGACCCGAGUGAAGAGAAUUUAGAGUAUUGUGACAUAUUUGUUGAUACUUAUUUUGAAAUUGUGGCAAAAGCAGAAGAUCUACUUAAAAAAUUUGAAAUUCCUAAUAAUGUUGGUUCAAAUAAUCGCGACAGGGAUUCUCUCAAUAGUCAUAUAAAUAAUUAUAAUUACAUGAAGGUAAAACCUCCCGAAAUACCGACAUUUGGAGGAAAGUUUGAAGAAUGGUGUUCAUUCAAAGAUCAUUUUAAUUCACUUAUUAACUCAGAUAGCAAUAUGCCAAAAAUACACAAAUUUUAUCACCUAAGAAGUGCCUUAACUGGUGAAGCGAGUUUAUUGAUACAAAACUUAAAAACUACGGAGGCAAAUUACGACGUUGCAUGGUCAAUUAUAAACAACCGAUAUGAAAACAAACGCAUUCUAAUUCAAGCGCACACAAAAGAAAUUUAUGAUUUGGAGUCAGUUAACGGGGAAUCGGCUGUCAAAUUAAAUAAAUUCAAUAAUUCGUUAAAAGCACAUAUGCAAGCAUUAAAAGCGUUAGGCGAAGAUCCAGAAAAAUGGGGAGCUUUACUGCUGCACGUAAUUUGUAAAAAAAUAGAUAUGGGCUCUAUACGUCAAUGGGAACAAGAAAAUGAUCACAAUACAAUUCCAACGGUUCAAUCAUUAAUGUUGUGUUUGGAUAAAAGAUGUAAAGUAUUGGAGUCGAUUGAGUCAGCAAAAAUCUUUUCUGGAAAAGAUAGUAUUGAUUACAUAAGUAAUAAAUUUUCAAAAAUGCACAAUAAAAAAACAGUAACUGCAUUAGCAAUUCAUACAAAAAUGCAGUGUUAUAUGUGUAAAAAACCACAUCCUAUUUAUAAAUGUCCAGACUUUCUAUCAUUAAGUCUAGAUAAUCGAAAAAUAAAAUGCAAGUCAAGGAAAUGUAUGAAGUGUCAGGGGGAGCACAAUUCGCUCUUGUACCAGUCGAGUGAGAAUGAGAACACGAGUAGCAAUGCACAGAUCAACAUGCAUACUGUAAACAUAGGUCAAAAACAAACAUUAUUAGCAGCAGCGAUAGUGAGAGUUAUGAACACCACGGGAAAUUAUAUAGAUGGACGUGCAUUACUUGAUAGUGGUUCUCAAAGCCAUUUUAUAACUACAAAUUUAGUAAACAAGUUGGGUUUAAAAAGGGAAAAGGUAAAUGUACCUAUCAGUGGUAUAAGUGAGUCAAGAAAUAGCAUCAAAUAUAAAGUGACGGCUUCUAUAUGCUCAAAAACCGGUCCAUACGCAACAACAAUUGAUUUUUACGUACUACCAAAAAUAACUGGUUUACUACUAAAUAUGUCAAUGUAUAACAUUAAUAUCCCAGAAAAUAUUAUCAUUGCCGAUCCAACAUUUAAUGAACCGGUAACCGUCGAUGUAUUAAUUGGAGCUGGUCCGUACUGGGACUUAAUGUGUGUUGGUAAAUUUAAAGCACAUCAAAACGGACUGUACUUGCAAAAAACUUGUUUAGGAUGGGUAGUUGUCGGGGAAGGCUCAGAUAAGUGUGAGAACAAUAAAGUUACCUGUAUGUUGGUUAUGGAAAAUAAAGAAAGAUUAUUGGAAAACAAAAUUGAAGCUUUUUGGGAGAUUGAAGAACUUGACACAAAGCAAUAUUUUCCCACAGAAGAAGAAACAUUGUGUACAGAGCAUUUUAAUAAAAAUACUACGCGUAAUAAUAACGGUAGGUUCAUUGUAAGAUUACCGUUUAGAAAUAAUGGUCAAUUAGGUUAUUCAUACUACUCCGCUUUACGGCAAUUUUUAUCGUUGGAAAAUAGAUUAAUUAAAGAUAGUAGCUUAUAUGAUAAGUAUAAAUUAUUUAUGCGUGAGUAUAAAGAGCUCGGGCACAUGAAGUGUAUAGGUAGCGUUAAUAAAGAUAAAGACGAAAUCAAUCGAGCCGAUUAUUAUUAUUUGCCGCAUUCAUAUGUACUAAAUGAUAAUAGUCGCAGCACUCGUUUACGUGUUGUAUUCAACGAUGAAAUAAAUAUUUAUAAAUUAUGUACUGUGACAUAUGGACUCGUACCAUCCGGGUUUUUAGCUAUUGGUUGUAUUAACCGCAUAUCUGAAGAAGUUAAUGAUUCACAGUUGAAAGAAGUAUUAAAAAAUGAUUUUUGUGUAGACGAUUGUUUAACAGGAGCAAAUAGUUUGGAUGAGGCUUUAUGUUUACGUGAUAAAUUGAUUGAAUGUUUGAGAAAAUAUGGAUUUGAACUAUCUAAAUGGUCUUCAAAUAACGUUAGGUUAUUAUCCAAUCAGAAGGAUAACAAAGAUAUGAUUACGGCAAUGUUUAAAGAAAAUAUUAAAACAUUAGGGUUGUGCUGGCAGCCAACAAAUGAUUAUUAUACAUAUGACAUCAAACUUCCAGAUCUCAAUAAAGGCAAUAUUACAAAACGGCGUGUUCUAGCAAGUAUUGCAACUUUAUUCGAUCUUUUAGGGCUCGUGGCACCAGUAAUUAUUGUUGCUAAAAUAUUCAUGCAAAAAUUAUGGCAAGAGAAAAUAGAUUGGGACGAGCAGAUACCUAAAUUAUUACUAUAUGAUUAG